AUGAGCAAGUUGGAGACUUUCUUGGCAAGUGAUGUGGAUCAGACGCUCAAGAAAUACGAUGACCUGUGGACUGCCCAGGAUCCCGAAGACAACCCCUACAAAAGCAAGUAUGUUGCCCGGGAGAUGCUGGAGAUUGCCGUCAAGAAUGUGGAGAAACUCGUUGAGGAGGAAGCUUCUAUCCAAACUGCCGAUCGUGGACGCGAAGUUGUUGCCAGGCUCUUACUGUUCCUGGGGAAAAACUGCUACUUCUGUGAGGAGGUCCCUCAGGCUGAGAAGUGCUUCAUCCGAUCCUUGGAGCGCUACCUGCGAUCGCCGUUGCGACUGGAACCCGAGCCGUUCUGUUACAUCCAGGAUGUCUUCAAUCAGCUGGGCAUGCUCUGGUGCAAUCGUGGAGGCCACAAAGAAGGAAUGAACUUCCUGCGCAGGGCGCAGGUGAUGUACAUGAGGCGGCCGCAGCAUGUACGAGAUGCUUGUGAAGAACGGUGCGAAAACAAUUACACGAUGACAAUGUUUUACUUGGCGCAGGCCUAUGGAGCGCUGCAGAAGCCAGCUCUUUCAGCACGGUUUUGCGCCGAGACCAUGAGUCGCCAGCUCGAGUCGAAUUCGCUUGGCUUGCGCAGCCAAGAAAUCUCUGAGCGAGACCCUUUCGAUGCAAAGGACUGGAUCAGGAACUGCUGUGCCUUGUCUGACUUCUUCAUCAACGAUGGCAUGUUCUGGACUGCCGAGUAUUUGCUGCAUUCGGCGCUGGUCAUGUGUGAGCGUGGUGGAGAGAUCGUGGGCUCAGAGCCCGAGAACAUCACAGAGCUCAAGGCCGAGUGCAUGCGCGACAUCGGAAACAUGUACGCAACCCGUCUCAAGUUCGCCAGGGCAUGUGCUGAAAGACCAGAUGCAUGGGAAGAGGUCUGGCGUGGUGAGCGCAAGAAAGAGGCGGAGGAACACACCGUUUCAGAUGAGGGCACCCAGCUCAGCUUUCGCGUGUCGGCAGACCGGGUGGAGCGCCCUCCAGAAGGCGGUACCGGACCCAUCCACUGGGACGACAUCUUCCCCGAGGUCGUCCAUCCGGAAGAUGACGAGGCCCAAGACAACAUCAUGGCGGAGGAGCACGAGGCCAUGACAGAAGGCAGUCAUCAAGAGGAGCAGUGGCUUAUCCUUGGGCCGGACGACAGGAUCCACCUUCCUGUGCACUUCAGGUAUGAUAGGUUAUUGUCCGGCUUGUUCACAAAACAGGGUCCUGAGCAGCAAGACGGCCAGAGAUUGGUGCUGCGAUUCUACCCAGCCAAAGUAGAGCCAGUACCAGGCAGAGCAAACGCCUUAUUCUUGGAGCAGCGAGGGCCGCACAAGCUCUUGGCAGCUGAAGGGGAAGAACGGUCGGUACCUCAGCCAGACUUGCUGCCAUUUUCGGACCCGGAAGAGCAGUGCGGCAGGCCCAUGUCGCCGUCCUGCAUCGGUGUGUCGUUCGCUGCUGCGCGCGAGGCUUCAAGCGUCGAGAAAAUCUUCAAGCUGGGCAAUCACUUCUUCGCCCAUGCUCUGGACUACUUCCUCUUAGACGGAUGGGUCACAGAACAUGUCAGGAUACUUCAAGAACUGUCCACCAUGUACCGGACUCUGCAAUACUGGGAGAAGGAUCCAAAGCGGUCUGCUGCGAUGCUCAAGCGACGACGUGCAUCUCGGGCCCAUCGUCCCCAGCCGCGAGGUUGGAUGGGCGACCGCCGAGGAGACCGCGGGUAUGGCCGCAGCCGCUGGGGCCGCGGAGGCCGCGGUGAGGAGGAGGAGGACCGUAGGGAUCCGCCAGCCCGUCCGGAGCGGGCCAAAGGCGACCAGAACGACCACCGAGGCUACGGCCGAGACUCCGGUCGGGAGUCCGGCCGUGGUCCAUGGAGUCGAGGUCGAGAGGAGGACGAGGUGGUUGCUCCACCUUUGACUGUGAGUGGCUGUCAGAACGAGACCAUCAGCGCGAUCAUUGCUGGUGUCUACAUGCCAGACAGCCUCAACCACGGGAAGGUGGUGUACAAGAAAAGGGAAAAGUCUAGAGGGCUAGAUGUCCUGAUCUAUUUCUGGGAUGAGCGGGACGGUCCAGAGCUCUGUGGCUGGUGGUUUGGUCCGAACGUGGGCGGUGACCAGGUUUGGGCCUAUCACCCGAGCCGGACGGCUGGCACUCCACCUGCUUCGGAGUGGAAUGUCCCGCAUGACGGCGAUAUCGACCCCAGCUUCACCGUCUCUGCCAUGCGUUCGGCACCGUCGCCUCCUCCUGAAGGAGAGCCUAGCCCCUCUGCGGCGCGGAGCCGUACGAGGGAGGCCCCGGUCGAUUCUACACCGGCGGUGAACACAUAUAGGAAAAGCCAGGGUGACGAGCUACAGUUGCUACAGUUGCAAGAACAGAACCCUUUUGGCAUGACGGUUCAGAUGGAGUCACCGAUGCAAAAGCAACUACGCCUUCGCUAA